AACGAUAACAUCGUCAUUAUUGUCAUCAUUGAUUGAUUUCCGAUUUAUUGAAAUCGUUCAUUAUUAAAGUUUUACAUUUGAAUUUUCUUUUUUUUCUGAAAUUUAACGAUUGUGAAAAAAAAUGAUCAAACGAAUCAUUCUUUUGUUGGCCAUAUCGGUGCUCAUAUUUAACGAACAAAUUGUUUGCCGUAAUCUUCUGUCAGCCAUUCGUAAUGUUCGUCAAGCAUCAUCGCCUGAUGAACAUGAAACACCACAACCGUAUUCAUUUAAUAUUGAAUCUGUUGAUGAAAAUGGAACCAUAUCACAACGACAAGAACAAGGUGAUGAACAAGGACGAAUAACUGGACAAUAUUCAUUUCAAAAUCCACAAACUGGUAUCUAUCGUAUCGUAUCAUAUACAUCGGAUGAAAAUGGUUUUAAUGCACGUGUUGAAACCAAUGAACCGGGUACAAAAACAUCGAAUCCAGCAAAUGUGGAAAUAAUUUCAACAGCACCAUAAGAUCGAUGUUAAUUUUUUCGAUUCGAUUCAUCACAAAAUUAUCAUCUGA